UUCAGCGUGAACCCACACAGUAUGGCGUGAAUAUAAUUUAUAUACCACAUAACUACGGGGAAAGUGUAUCGUGUCAGACAUGACGGACAUUUUAACACUCGUAUUUAAGACUUUCACGUCACAGACAGGUGGAAGGAAGGAGCUCACAGUUACCCCUCCAUCACCACUGACCUGCAGCACGCUGGUGGUGGGUGACACCGGCAUCAGCCGCUCCGUGCUGCUGCUGGCGGCGGUGACAGCGGCCUCAGAGCUGGGCAUGAGAGUGGUGUUCUUCACCCAGACACAGAUCCAGAGCCUCCCGCUUUGUCUGCAGAAGCGGGUUCCCAGCCUGAGCCCAGAGAGUCUCAAGAAAAUCAAGUUUUCCUAUCCGGGGACGGUGGGGGAGCUGCUGCAGCAGGUGGCCGGCCUUCACGAGUCCGCCAACACGUCUCCGACACCUCCGUCACUCAUCGUAGUCGACGGGCUGGAGGGCUACCUGUGCGGCCCCGGGGCCGGCGGGCUCGGUGGGUUCCACCCGGGGGAGCAGUCCUGCGCCGCACACCUGUCCGCGUUGCUAUGCGACACCGCCGCCUUCCUCACACAACUCCUGAGGCGACGCUCCCCGACCUCGGCCCCCUGCCGCAUCAUCGCCUCUUUCCGGUCCGCGGUGGACACCGGGGAGGCCUCCGCCACGGAUCCCGCCCUCGAUGUUCUUGAUCGCUAUUUCCGGGUCCGCUGUACGCUGGACAGGGACGGCAGCUACGAAGCUGCGGCGGCCGGACUGCAGGAGGUGUGGCACAUUUACCUCUCUGGGAUGGGCAUCGCAGAGGCCUCUUCUACCAAAGACUGUGAUGACAGGCCUGCUGUAGCCCCAGAGUGGAAGCUGCUGAUUUCUCCAGAUGGUUUAAUGGAGUUUGAGUUGGUUUGAAAAUCGUUUGCAUCAAAGACCGGAGCAGUGAGGGAGAAACUGAAGGUCGAUUUGUUCACGUGAGGAGUUUUGUUCAAAUGAAAUAUUCUGUUAUCGUACCGUAAUACAGUUUAUCUGAGUAGUUGUUGCCUUUACUUUGACCGUCAUGACUCCUCUGGUACCUUUCUCCGUCUUGUCUCUUCAUCGCCGACACAGCGUGACAUAAUCUGCUGCUCAGAUAUAAGAUAACAGGACCACAGCGGUUGCAGAUGUACAACGUUUAAUGAGUUUAAACGCCAUAAAGCUUUGUCAAACACAUGAAGAAAGUCUUACAUAAUGAAAACAUUUACAUAGACACUAAAGUGUUUUAAUUUAAUAGUGGUUUCCAACAUUUUUGGCUCAGGACCCUUAAAAACUAAACAGUCUACUUAUACCAAAAGGGCAGACAAAUUCAUUGUACACUGUAUAUACAAAUAAACAUAUAUUUUGAA